AGUUUCUUUUGAAAAUAGUAAUCGUCUUCAUUAAUUACAUUCUCUGGACUUGCUUGAAAUAAAAUUAGAAAGAAGCUCCUUUUGAGCUUUUCUGUUAGAAUUCCUAUCGGGGUUUCUAAGUUUUUCCUAGUUUUAUUCAAUCAAUAAUCUUGAUUAAUGAAAUUUGUCUUUUCUAGCUUUGUUUUUACAUCAAGUCUUAAUCUGUAAGAUUCCAGUUCUAUUAUUUAUACCAAUUGACUGUCUCGCUAUCGUUUUUUUCGAGGCAGACGGCUAUUUAGAUUGAAACUCUGAUCAGAAGAGAGAAUUGGAUUAGUAUUAAAAAUGAGGGAAAAGUUAGGGUUCUUAGGAUUUGUGUUACUUAUGCUGUGUGGGUCUUGUUUGGGUAGGUUUGUAGUUGAGAAAAACAGCUUAAGAGUGACUUCUCCAGAUUCAGUGAAGGGUAUACAUGAAUGUGCAAUUGGGAAUUUUGGUGUUCCUCAAUAUGGAGGUACUUUGGUUGGGACUGUUGUUUAUCCAAAAGCUAAUCAGAAAGCUUGCAAAGGAUUUGAUGAGGUUGAUAUCUCUUUCAAAUCUAAGCCUGGAGGUUUACCCACUUUUCUUCUCGCUGAUCGAGGAGAUUGUUACUUCACAUUGAAGGCUUGGAAUGCACAAAACGGUGGAGCAGCAGCUAUUCUGGUUGCAGAUGACAAGUUGGAGCCGUUGAUUACCAUGGACACCCCUGAAGAAGAAAAUGCAGAUGCUGACUAUUUGCAAAAGAUCAACAUUCCAUCGGCCCUUAUCACCAAGUCCUUGGGAGACAGUAUCAAGAAGGCUCUAUCUGGUGGGGAGAUGGUGAACAUAAAUCUUGAUUGGACUGAGGCCCUUCCACAUCCUGAUGAGCGUGUCGAGUAUGAGUUCUGGACAAAUAGCAAUGAUGAAUGCGGGCCAAAGUGUGACAGCCAGAUGGACUUCGUCAAGAACUUCAAAGGUGCAGCUCAGAUACUUGAGCAGAAGGGUUACACUCAGUUCACUCCACACUAUAUAACAUGGUAUUGCCCAGAAGCAUUCAUUCUGAGCAAACAAUGCAAGUCUCAGUGCAUAAACCACGGCAGGUACUGUGCUCCUGAUCCUGAGCAGGAUUUUAGCAAGGGAUAUGAUGGAAAGGAUGUUGUGGUUCAAAAUCUACGUCAAGCUUGCUUUUUUAAAGUGGCCAAUGAAAGUGGAAAACCAUGGCUUUGGUGGGAUUAUGUGACUGACUUUGCAAUCCGUUGUCCAAUGAAAGAUAAGAAAUACACCAAAGAGUGUGCAGAUCAAGUUAUCCAAUCACUUGGUGUUGAUAUCAGAAAGAUAGACAAAUGCAUAGGUGACACUGAAGCAGAUGUGGACAACCCAGUUCUCAAAGCUGAACAAGAUGCACAGAUUGGAAAAGGUUCUCGAGGAGAUGUGACUAUACUGCCAACUCUCGUCGUAAACAAUAGGCAAUAUCGAGGUAAGUUGGAUAAGGGGGCGGUUCUCAAGGCCAUUUGUGCAGGUUUCCAGGAGACCACUGAGCCAGCCAUAUGUUUAAGUGAAGAUGUAGAAACCAACGAGUGCUUGGAGAAUAACGGUGGAUGCUGGCAGGACAAGGCUGGAAACCUUACUGCAUGCAAGGAUACUUUCCGAGGUAGAGUAUGUGAAUGUCCAGUGGUACGAGGUGUGAAGUUUGUUGGUGAUGGUUAUACUCAUUGUGAAGCUUCAGGUUCUUUGCGUUGUGAAAUUAACAAUGGGGGAUGUUGGAAGAAAACCCAAGAUGGCAGGACUUUUUCUGCUUGUGUUGAGGAUCAUUCACAAGGUUGCAAGUGUCCUCCAGGAUUCAAGGGUGAUGGAGUCAAUUCCUGCGAGGAUGUCGAUGAAUGCAAAGAGAAGUCAGCUUGCCAGUGUCCAGAAUGCAAAUGCAAAAAUACAUGGGGUGGUUAUGAUUGUAGCUGUAGCAGUGGUUUAUUGUAUAUUCAAGAACACGACACAUGCAUAAGUAAGGCUGCUAAUACAGAGGUUGGAUGGAGCUUUAUUUGGAUUAUUAUUCUAGCAUUGGCUGCCGCUGGAGUUGCUGGAUAUGCAACUUACAAGUACAGAAUCCGGAGGUACAUGGAUUCAGAGAUUCGGGCGAUCAUGGCACAGUACAUGCCACUGGAUAAUCAAGGAGAGAUCCCUGUCCACCAUGCUGCCCGGGGCGACAUCUGAAGGAUGAGAUUGGGAGGUUCAUAUUUUCAGCUGCGCUUUAGCAGCAUUUAAUUGGGGUCUCUACAAGGGUGCGUAUAUGGUCUGGCGUCCUUUUUGAGUAGUCUCUCACACUCUUUGUAAAAUUUAACUGCUUAGUAAGUUAGAUAAGUGGCGCACAUAAUUCCAGGACCACUGUAAAUUUUCCAUUGGAUACAAGAAACCUUUUUAUGCUUCAAUAUAUGGGAAUUCUUUUCUUUUCCCUGUAA